CAAAGUUGUUUAGCAGUGUUGCAAAGAUGUGGAGUCCAAGACCAGAUUCAAGAAUUAUAGACUCUGAGGAUGAGAGCAUCCUGUCUUCAGAGGAUGAACAAGACUUUCAGUGUGAGAUUCUGGAGAAGCAGCGGGAUGAGGCGCAGGAAAAACUGUCUAAAAUGGAGGAAGCAUCCUCUCAGCUGCUGAAGGAAAUAGACAUGCUGGAGGUGCAGUUCCACAAUGAACGCUCAUGCAGAGAAAGCGCUGAAGCCCUCGUUCUAAAGGUGACAAAAGAAAACAAGGUUUUAAAGAGAAGAAGCCAGGCCCUGUUGCCCCUCAUCCCAAAGCUGCCUGAAAACCUGUCUGCCCUGAACUUUGACCUGGAAGAAGAAUGUAGCUCUGAUCUUAGCACACCUAUUGAGGAAGAACCAGACCUCAAAAGUCAUGCCCAGAUCAGAGAGCUUCAAUCAUCCGUGGAUCAGCUUUUGGGGGAGAAAAUACAACUCUGUGAACAGAUUGAAGUCCUGAAGAAGGAAAAAGAGGAACUGAAAGAUCAGUGUGCACUGGAAGUUGAAGAGAAGGAAGCCAUUUUGAGGAAGUUAAGUAAGCAGAGUCGAACCAUGAACAAAAUAAAACGAGUGUCUCAGCUUGUUACUGAAGAGUUUACAGAGAUGUCACAGAAACUGGAAAUGGAACAAGGGCUCAGACAUCAUGCUGAGCUGUUUGCACAUCAGGUGCUGGUUAAGCAGCGGCACAGCCAGUGCCAGAGCCUGGCCCUGGAGCAGAAUACAGAGAUGGACACACAGCUCCAGCAGGCCCUGGAGCAGGUGGUUCAAAUCAGUAAAGCACUGGAGGAGAUACGACUCCAUCACCAACAGCAGAGGAGUCAGAGCCAAUCCGCUACAGAAGAAUUUAAUGCCCUUGCAGAGCUGCAGGUGGUCAGAGCACACUUAGAGAACAGUGAGAAAGAGAGGGUGAAAAUGGAGUAUCAAUUGAAAGACUCACAAAAAACUCUUGCAGUAUUGCAAGAAGAAGUUAAGCAACUUCAGGAUGGGAUUAGAAUUGUUAACGAGGCGCCUACUCCUGAGUUCGGCCAAUCAAAUGAAGAGAACACCAUACCGAGUCCUCCAGCUCCUCCUCCUGUCCUCUCUACAGUCCCUACUGAUCCACUGAAUGCUUUGAGGAACAGAAAGAAAGCUGGAAGCAGUACUACUGACUCUAAGAAUCUUGUGCUGUCCAUGGACAUGAAAGCCAGGGCAGUGGAUGAAAUGAUGGAAAGGAUUAAGAGAGGGAUUGUUCUGAAGCCUGCCCUGAAGACCCCACAAUCUACCUCAGAAGAAGAUUCAUGGAAGGACCAAAGUACUGAGAAGAGGAAAUCUGCUCUGCUUGAGUUACAGGGAAUGCUGGACUCCAUAAAGAGACCAAGUCAUAAAAGGGUGAUGUCCAGGAAGAGAAUUAGUCACAAUGUAGGCGAGGCGGAGCUUCAGUUGGUCUUGCAGAGAAGGAGGCAGGCAAUAGGGGAUGAUAAAGGGUCCCGUCCCCCCACUGCACCAAAAACCCAAGAUUCACCUCCGAAGGACCCUGCCAUAACCUCCUCACCCUGGACUGCAGAAAGUGGAAAUGCCCCUGUUCUCCGUAGGCUGAAGCAGAACCAGGAAAGCGCAUCAGAAGCUAUCAUGUGGGAAGACAGCUGAAUAUGUUGCAGUGGUUAUACUGUUCAUUUCUAAAAGUAGACAAUUAAAGCACCUAAGCACAGUACUUGUUAAAUGCUGAUUUCCAAUUGUUUUGAAUGAAAAUUAUGGUUAAGAUGAACUGUGCUAGCCAUCAAAAAGCAUUUGUCUGAAAAUGGAUUCUGGCCUAUUGCCUAUUGAGAAUGUUUUUAAGGUAUAUUCAACUUGAACAAUGACCCCAGUGGUGCCAUUCACAAGAUUUGUCUCAAAGCCAAAUAAGGAUAUUCUGUCUGCAGCCAUUAGGAAGUUAAAAGGAAACCUUCCAAGGAUCUCCAAAACAUUCAUAACAGUUUAGUAAGAAAUAAAGCUCUAUUUUCCCUUCCCUUUUCUGUUUAGUCUUUCUUAAUAGAUUAUUCUGGUUCUGUGGAAUAGGUCCUUCUUUUGUAAGAUCUUUUGUAACACACUCUGUUAUGUGUGCUUUUUUGUGAGUAAAAGCCUUUAGCUGAGUUUAUUCAUCCACCAAGAAGAUGGAGAGAGGUGUUUUUUUAUGUUCACACCUCCACACUCCUAUUGUUUGAUAAAAGCAUUUUAAAUGGAGGAGAAUUAUUUUCACUGUAUGUCUUUGCUUUCAUGUUUUAAUAUUUAUUCAUUCUAGCUAUUUGGUUUAUUUUUUCCUGGAGAAGCCCGUUUUCUAAAAAAAACAUUAAGAAUUUACGUUGACGUGAGGGACUGUAACGUGUCUGUUUGUGUGCGUUGGGAUAAAAGGAAU